ACAUAACAACAUUCCUUAGUCCUAACUAAAACUAAAACGCUGAACAAAAAAAGUAAUUUAGUAAGGUAAGAUAAUAUUAAAAGUUAAAAGAAUUGUCUAUUGCAGCGAACGCCUGCAGAUCAAACUCAAGUGCCUGUUAAAUCUCAUUGACAUUUUUGCCCAAUAAAUUAUGUUCACUUAAUUAUAAGUUAUAAGUUAGUAAAUACUAAAUUAAAAUUACUUAAUUGGCAGUAAAUCUCAGUAAUAGUAUAGCAGUCUAUACUAUAAUAUAAUAUAUAAAUUUAUUAUAUAAUUAUUAAGUAUAAUUAAGGGCUCAAGAUCAAUUUAAUGAUCAUUCUGGCUCUUUUAAUUGUCCUAAUCAGUCUUGAGUGACUCUUGAGUCUUAAUCUCAUUUACUUUUUUUCCCCUCAUUCUAAAUUUUCACUUUAGUCUUAGUCUAUAUAGUCUAUCUCAUCAGUUAGGUAUUCUCUGUUAGUUCUCUUGUUCUCACUCAGUCUCUGCAACCUAGACCUAGACUUAAAUGACUUAUUAAUAAAUAAUAGUAAUAUUAUUAAUAUACUUUAAUUAAGUCUAAUCACUUCGACUCUGUGACACCUCUACUGCCACUAGACUUCAUCAUCAUCAGUGGCGCUACAGGUUACAGCCCUUGUAACUUGUAGGGCCCUGGCCUGCUCCACCACAUCCUCCCCAUUCAGAAUGAUCCAUGGCUUUCCGCCUCCAUGCGCGAACCCCAACUGGUGUAAAUCCUUCUCUACAUCAUCAAUCCAUCUCAGCCGUUUGAGUCGUCUGCUCCUAGGUUUCUACCUGUAUAUCACUUUUGCUGCUGUACAUUCCGGCAUCCUUUCAAUAUUUCCUGCCAAGCGCAGUCUAACUUUUGUUAUUUUUGCGACUAUGGAUGGGUCUUUGUACAAUUGGUAUACCUCUUGGUUUGUAUGGAUUCUCCAGAUAUCAUUUUCCAUCACUGAGCCAUAUAUUUUUCUGAGGAUUUUCCUCUCCCAUGUAUUGAGAAGGUUCUCUGCUUUUCUGGAAACGGGUCCAAAUCUAACUAGCGUAAGUUACUACUGGUCUUAUAAUAGUGGUGUAUAUUGUUUUCUUUGUUCCCCUUGAGAGUUUUUUGCUUCCCAGUAGCUUUUGUAGGCCGUUAUUUGCGUUAUCCUUUCUUUCACCUCCGACACUAUUUCAUUGUGCUCGUUUAUAGUUGCCCCUAGAUAUUUGAAUGAAGCCACUCUCUCAAAUUUGUGGUUGUUUAUAUUGAUGCUGUAAUCAGCAUGGGAGUUUUGUGACAUUUUCAUAUACUUUGUCUUUGGUUCAUUUACAUCAAGACCAGCUUUGACUGAGGCAUUUUGAAGUUCCCUGAAUGCUAUAAUUAUGUUAUUACUGUUUCUACCCAGUAGCAAUAUAUCAUCUGAUAUACCAGGUCCUGCAAUGGCUGGCUAUAUACGGUUCCUGGUGUUUGUUGUUCUGUAAUUCCUCUAUGGAAGUAGCUUGUUAUAGUUCCACUGGUGCUCACGUGUAUGCUUCUAAUAACUUUUUCUAUCGUGAUUUUAAACAGGAUACAUGAUAGUGAGUCUCCUUGUCUGAGGCCCUGAUUAACUGGGAACUCCCUUGAGUAUUCUCCCUGCACCUUGAUUCUACUUUUGGAGUUAGCUAUCGUCAUAUGUAUGAGCCGAGUAAGCUUGUUAGGGACUCAAGUUUUUGUAUAAGUAAUCCCUGUCUACGCUAUCAUAUGCUGUUUUGAAAUCCAUGUAUAGUUGGUGUAUGUUGAUGUAAUAUUCGUAACAUUUCUCCAGGAGACAUCUUAUAGUAAAAAUAUUAUCCAUGGUCUACCUUUUCUGCCUGGGUCCGCAUUGGUAGUCCCCUAGGAUCUGUCCACUAUACUUUUUCAAUUUUCUACUAUAAGUUUUGUGAAGAUUUUGUUCAUUACAUUAAGGAGGGAGAUUCCGCUGUAGUUUGAGCAGACCAACUUUUAGAUCCAACACAAGCCUACAGCAUACAAUCAAUCUGCAAUUUGACUGUGACCCAGUACUUAGCUAUUCGGAAAUUCAUCGCCAUUGUUAUGCAUCAUCAUAGUAAUUUAUUUAAGUAAUUAGGACACUUAAAAAGCAUUCCUGAUGGCAGCCAUGCUGAGUGAUCAUUAUGGCCUGAGCCUGAAUAACCUUUCAUUCAUUUAAUUAAAUGAUUUCCAAAAACUAAUUGCUAACCAUCAUGAGAUUAGAAUUCAAAAGGCUGACCAACCCAGUGACUCAUACAACUCAGUGUGACUCACACCCACAGUUUGAGUUUGAUAAUCAAGCAUCCUCUAAAAAAAAUUGCAUUUUUGUUUGCAUUUAUGGUAGUAAAUUGUACUUGAUUUAUCAUUUAUGUGAUUGUGGCAACUGAAAUUUGUAUGGGAAUGUUUGUCAUCCAAUUUUGUGCAUGUAAAACGCAAUAGACUAAAAUUAUAUUUAAACCCAAAUACAUCCUAAAUACAAAGCACCUUGCAUAAGCUACACUACUAAUCUCCACACCAAAACAUGCAGCAUUUGAACAAAUCAUCAGAAAAAAAAACCUGAUUUUUGAGGGUUGGAGGCUGAAAUUUGAUUCAAUGUGUUGUCAUCAGCAAUAAGUCUAAGUGCCAACUUCAACUUGAUAGGAUGAUGGAAGUGGUUCAUUUAACUUCCCCUUGAAAAACAGGAAAAACUGAUCUUUGAGGGUGCGGUGGGGCUGAAUAUUAAAUAAAAUGUGUUACAAUAUCUGAGUUUUCCCACCAAAUUUUGUAUAAAAAAACAAUUAUAUAAUAACUCUACCCCUUAGGACUGUUAUUAAAGAAUAUGCCAACCAAUCGGAAACAAGUUCUUAUCGUGGGAGCUGGUGCUUCUGGGAUUGCAGCAGCAUACGCUUUAGGUAAACUGCCUGAAAAAUUUGAUGUCCAUGUUUGGGAAAAAUGUGGCCAGGCUGGAGGAGUGGCUACUACUGAAAAGAUUGAAGGUAUGCAGUAAUUGGUAUGCUGGGUUACAUGUUUCUAUCAUAGGGUAAAUUAUUAAAACCCUUCAUAUUUGCUCACACGACCCUAAUGUUGUAGAGAUCCAUUAAUUGCAAAAGCAUCUUUUUUAUUUAUUUAUUUUUAAUAAUAUCCCUCCAAGUUUUAACAUUCUAUUCAAUAAAUAAUGUGCUGACGUUUUUGGGGGUUCUUUUUUUUCAUCAUCAGGGCCUGGAGAUUUAAUAAUGAAUGAUGGGGUUCAGGGAGGCUGCCCCACUUACAGAAACACACUGAAUCUAAUGGCUGAAUUUGGAUAUUCCACGACCCCGGUACACAUGAUGAUCUCAUUUGGCAAAGGCCAAACUGCGUGGACCAAUUACAGCAAAACGCCACUGAUAGACAAACUCAAAGAUGAAAUAAAAAGGUUUGGGGGAACUCUGCGACUAAUCAAUAAACUUGAGUUCUUUUUUAUUUUCGUUCCCAUAUCACAGGUUCUCAAGUGGUUUGGAUACUCAAAACAGUUUUGUUACGAAAUGGUUUUUCCGCUGACUGCAUUAUUUUUUGGCACAGGAAAUCAAACCCCAAAUGUCUCAGCAGCUAUUGUUGCCAGGGUUUUCCUAGAUGAUGAUCUCAGAUUGUUUGAUUACGAUUCAGAGUGUUUCCUGAGUCAGUCCCCUGAGAUGUUUGCAUUUCCACCACUCAAGCACAUGUAUGAAACCAUCAGCAGCAAGUUAGGUGUUGACGUUGAUUUGCGAAGGGAAGUGACCUCUGUCAUCAGAAAGGAGGAUAAGGUAUUUGUGUUGGAUGCAUUAGGCAAUGAAAAAGUCUUUGAUGAAAUUAUUUUUGCAUGUGAUGCUGAAACAGUUUUAAAGGUUCUCAAAGACCCAACCUAUCUGGAGCGCAAGGCGCUGGGCAAUGUUCAUUACUAUAAUGAUGUGACUGUAACACACGAAGACGAUGAGUACAUGGAGAAACACUAUGAGCUCCACAAAGAUGUUGAUCAGUACUUCAUCAGGACUGACCCCACCGACCAGUCAAAACUGGAGAUGUCUUUCAACCUGUCCAACUAUCAACCCCAGCUCAAGUCGACAGACAGAUACAUCUAUCAGACCAUCUUCUUGGAUGACAGCACCAAGAACAUUUGGACCAUGAAUGAGAUAAAUCAAGGUAAGAUCAGAUUCACCAGAUGGUGGCGGCAGUUCUCUCACACCUGGAGACAUUUUGCGUUCACCGUCCCACUUAUGCGUUACCUCCAAGGUGAAAAGCACACAUGGUUCUGUGGGUCAUACACGCUUAUAAACACCCAUGAAAUAGCUAUCAUCUCUGGGCUGGCUGCUGCUUUUCGUCUUGGAGCCAGUUAUCCAUUUCCUAAUGAUAAACUAGCUAGGAAACAGUUUGAACAGUAUCUUCUGGUGAUCCAUGGGAAGCCUGCCAAGUUGGGUUGCAACCUGGCAACCCUUAAAUCAUUUGCUCUUGCUCCAUUUAUGAUGAUUUUUGUAGGCUUUGCUCUCUUGUUUCAGUUUUUUCUGAGACUUUUUGGCAAAGAUUAAUAAGAUGAGUGUCCAAAUAACUGUUUCUAUAAAGUGUUCAAAAUACUGCAAAUCCUUUUGUAUUUUCAUAUUAAUUAUGUAUUAGAGAAAUGUCAUAGUUUGUAAGCAAAACUUUUAAAUUUAAUACAACUAUUUUAUAGGGCCUACUUUAUUAUUUUUUUAAAACUUUCUAGCUAUUUGUAUCUAUCAUAAUUUACAGUGAAAUUCACUUUCCGUUUGUGUGGUUUCAAUUUUUUUUCUUUCUGCUGUGAUAACAUUUUUACAAAGCCAAAAUGCAACAAGGCCUUACUUUUAGUGAUUGUUCAAAACUGAGAGAGUGUUCUACAAUUUGAUUGUGAUGCACUAUCAAUGAAUAAAAAUUAUUGUCUUAAAAGCAGUUACAUGUUUCAUGCAAAUUUUUGAAAUUGCCAAAGGCUCUUGUCCUUGCAAUAUGAUGUAAAUGUUUUAUUUAUGAGAAUCAUACUAACUUUUACAGGGUGCAAUACUCAGGUAGACCAAUUUUUAUAAAGGGAGUAAAAAAAAAAUGUUUUACCACAUUAAAACUGAUAAGAAAUUUAAAAUGUUUAUGUGGCAAAAUACUUAUGGAUAACACCUUAAGUAUUAUUAAGUAUUAAUUUUCAUACUGGUAAUCUAUCUUUGCAUGACAUUGUUUAAUAUAUAUUUUUUCAUUACAAGCAGUAUAUACCCAUAUCGUAAAUUAUUUUUAAAAUUAAAAGCAAAUAAUUGUCCCUAAAGUGCCAGCUUCCAAUGACAAGCUGAUUUUUGCGGUUACUGGAAAUUUGUUUGAAAGAAAUUUCAUCGACGGAAGUUUGGUCGAACGGAAAUUUGAUUGAAUUAUUUUUCAGUUAACAAGUUCAAAUUUUCAUCUAAUUUCUUUUUGAAUGCACUAUAAUAAAUAGUAAAACAAAAUAAUGCGUUCAAAAAGAAAUUUGAUGCAAAAUUUGAAUUUGUGAACUGAAAAUAAAUUCUACCAAACUUCUAUUCGAUCAAACUUCUGUCGAUCAAUUUACCGUCAACGAAAUUUCUUUCAAAUAAAUUUCCCGGGUGUGGAUUUUAGCAGAUUAUUCAAGAUGGCAAAAGCUCUAACCAUUGAAAAAUUCUAAAGCCCUUUCUUUCCUUUUUUUUAAAUACUCUUCCAGAUAUGUUUGAGCAGCUGCUACUUAACUGAUAGAAUUUGAGUAAUUUUUUGUGUCAACUGCAGAUUUUUUAUUCCACGCCAAGUUGGCUGCUGUAUCCAGUUCUUGUGGUUGAUAGGUUUUGUUCUUUUGCCUCAGUUCUAAGAUUAGCUGCCCUACCUCGCUAUUAAGCUGGGGAUUGCCCUGCAUAAAUUCAAACCCACUAUCUCCUUAAUCAAGAGGCCGGCAAGGUUACCACAG